CUAGUACACCCCUCUGCAAGCCCUAUCGCCUCCACUCUUUCUCUUCCACCCCUGCUUAAACCCUAGAAUCUAUUUUUCUCCUCCUUUUCUCUUCAUUGAUUUUGUUAACAAUUUAAUUGAACGAAAAGCAAUGGUGAGCAAAAGACAAAGAGAAGCUCGAAAAAAGUUCAAACAAGCUCACCCUGAAUUGUUCCCAAAACCUCAACCAACUCCUCCAAAAGAUCCCACCAAAAAGAAGAAGAAAAAGCCCAAUUUUAAGCGUAAAAAACCUGAUACUGUUGACAAAUCCAAAACGCCAUCUUUUAGAAAGAAACUCUUAAGAGUUCCUGGGUUGAAGCCUGGUGAUAGCUGUUAUAUUUGCAAAGAUGUGCAUCAUAUUGCCAAGGAUUGCCCUGAAAAAGCUCAAUGGGAAAAGAAUAAGAUUUGUUUAUUUUGCCGGCAACGUGGUCAUAGUUUGAAGAAUUGCCGCAACAAGAGUGAAGAAGUUGUUGAGAAGAAGUUGUGUUAUAAUUGCGGUGAAACUAACCACUCCCUCUCUAGAUGCCCAAAACCACUCCAAGACGGAGGAACAAGGUUUGCCCUAUGCUUUAUCUGCAAUGAACGUGGGCACUUGAGUAGAGACUGUCCGAAAAAUACACAUGGUAUAUACCCAAAGGGUGGGUGCUGUAAAAUAUGUGGUGGUGUAACUCAUUUGGCUAAGGAUUGCCCAAAUAAAGGAAACGGUUCUGCUGCUGCUAUCAUUGGAAGAGCUAUACAAGAGCAGCCUCGAUCACAAGUAACGAAAUUGGUUAGUGGAGACGAUCUCGAGGAUGACUUCAUGUUAGAGGACGAUAGUAAAGUCAAGGACUCUAAGAAAACUAAAACUGAUCCUUUUCAAACAAACCAUACUCGGGCAAAGCUUAAGAAGACACAAGGGCCCAAAGUGGUGAAUUUUGUUGGUUGACAUUGUCGAUUAGAAGUUCUAGAAAUUUUGUUUGGCAUGUACGAGUUUUUCAAUGUCUGGUUAUGGCGGGUUCUAUGUGUUAUAGGAAUUUUGCAUUCGACCGUAAAAAUAACCUUCACGUUUAUUUAUGAAGAAUAAACACAAUGUGAUGGUCUAUA